AUCGAUGGCGUCGCUGCUUGGCAUCAAGCGCGCACGCUUCUCCGAUGGCCCGGCGCCCGCGGCCGCGGCAGAGGCCGGCGCAGGCCUCUCGGCGGCGGCCACGACCAAGAGGCGGCGCAUCAAGGCACAGCUCCACAAUGGCCUGACGGCAUCUGGAGCCGUCCUUGCUGUGGUGCGUGCCCGCGUUGCGGUUUCGGCACAGGCCAGCGCCAAGGCUGGGCUCAUUGCUGGGAGGCGGGCGGUGUCGAUCGGGCACGUCACCGGGGGGCACGCGGCGUCGCUGGCAAAG